AGUUCGUUUUGCAUCGUCCCUGGGGGAGGAGGGUGGCCACCGCUGCUUGAGUCAUCUCUAUACAACACUGCAAGUGAAACAAGAAAAAAAAGCAAACCGGAGAGGAGGGAAAUUCCACACCUCACAAAGAGUUUGCAGCAGCAGCAGUGUUUACUGAUAAGAAAGUGUUAAGUCAGUGCCGUUCCGGCGAUGAUCCGACCGUGAACGAACGGGUUGAGCUUGUUUCAAAAUUAUGUAAGGUCAUCGGCGGCGACUUCUUCCUUGUGGGGCGUGUAAACAAAUAAAGAGACGUGCAUUACGCAGCAGACGACGUCGUCGUGACCAAAAUUUAAUUAGCACGUCGCGGCCGAAGGUCGUCUCCCGCCCGAAAAAGAAUUCCGGCGGCCCCCCGACAAAGGACGACGACAAAAUGCGCUUCACGACGGCGGCAAUCGCGCUGAUUGCGUUCAUCGUGAUCUUCUCGAUCUUUGUGGCGAACGUCGCGAAUCUGGUUGGAAUCGACAGCAAGAUUAGCAAGAGGCUGGAUGCGGCGUACAGCCGCGGUCAGCAGAGACUCCAGCAGCAGCAGCAAUCCGAGGAGGACGGAGAACCGUUCAGGCUUGACGACAGUCCGCGCCAUUUGAUGUGGUUUUUGCAGAUCUCCGACAUCCACAUCAGUCUGUACCUGGACCCGACCCGCAUCCCCCAUCUGAUCGACUUUUGCAACCGCACCGUGGACAUCAUCCGGCCGUCGGUGGUGCUCGCCUCGGGUGACCUUACGGACGCCAAAACGUCCAACUUCCUGGGGUCGCAACAGCACGAGCAGGAGUGGCGCUGGUACCGGGAAGUUUUGCGCGAGACGAACGUGCUGAACAAGACCACGUGGCUGGACAUUCGCGGGAACCACGAUAACUUUAACGUUCCGGCGCUGCAGGCCAAGCAGGAUCUGUUUACGAACUACUCGGUCCAGGGGAAGAUCCAUCCGCGGUCGUAUCUGCACCAGGAGGUGACGAAGGACGGGGAUCGGUACAGUUUUAUUGCGGUUGACGCGUGUUUGGAUCCGGGGCCGAAGCGGCCGUUCAACUUUGUGGGGAUGCUUUCGAUGAACGAAACGCAGCACAUAAUCAAUUUGGCCGAGCAGUCGCGGGCGAUGAACACGAAUUACACGGUUUGGUUUGGUCACUAUCCGACGUCGUGCAUUUUGACGCCGGGGCUGGGCACGAGCGGGAUCCGGAACUUGAUCGGGAAGUACCAGGAAGGGUACGCGUACUUGUGUGGGCACUUUCACAAGCUGGGCGGAGCGGUUCCGCAGAUGUACACAAUGCAGAACGAGGGCUUCCUGGAGCUUGAGUUGGGCGAUUGGAUGAAGAAUCGGAUGUACCGGUUGGCAGCGUUCGACCACGGGCAGUUUUCGUUCGUGGACCUGCAGCACAAUCAGUGGCCGGUGGUGCUGGUGACGAAUCCGAAAAAUGCCUUGUUCAACAUUCCCGGCAAGGAGGAUCCGCACGCGCAGCUCGACUCGAGCCACAUCCGGCUGUUGGCGUUUUCCCCGGCCAAGAUCAGCGAGUGUCAGGUGAAAGUGGAUCGGGAAGAGUGGGUGGACUGUCGCCGCGUGAGCAACGAGCUGUUUGUGGUGCGCUGGGAGCCCAGGAAGUUCUCGUACGGAGUGCACAAGCUGUCGGUGUUUAUCCGGGACGAAGAUGGGCGGUACCGGGUGGUGGAGCACGAGUUUACGCUGGACGGAUCGCGGAAAAAGUUCAGCCUGUUGGCGCGGUUCGUCCUGAUGUACGACACCAACAAGAUCUUCCAGGGAUUCUUCAGCGUGGCGCUGAUUGCGUGUCUGCUGCCGCUGUGCGUGUUCCGGAUUUGGCACACGCUUGUCAGAAACGGCGCCGUGACGCGACCCCGCAUCCGAAGCUACUGCUGCCGCGGCUGGAUUCGUAAAAUGUGGAUCCUGUCCACGGUGGAUCGGCUCAUCUUCCCCAUCGUCGGGUACUGCCUCUACCUGACGUGUGGUCCGUGGUCCUUUGGGGAGGUCAUCGACGGUCAUCUCGGCAUCGUGUUUGUGUGGGGCAUCUUCGUGAACGGGUCGUUCCUGCCCGGCACGUUGACGUACUUUUACGGCUUUUUCCAGCUGAUGUUCUGCCAGCUGCCGCUGAUUGUGAUUUAUGCGAACAACGUUGUAAAGAGAUUCUACCGGCCACCAUCCUCCGCGGAGAAGAAGCUCAACUUCCUGGCGGCCACCUGGCAGAACCUGCCGUUCGUGCUGAUCAUGGUGGUCGAGCUGCUGCUGGCGCUCAUCUUCUGGAACGCGUACGGCACGCUCGCCUUCAUCAUCACCCCGCUGCGCACGUGGUCGAUCGUGCUGAACCUGUUCCUGUGGUACCAGUCGAAGAACCUGCCGGACAAGUGUCUCUGCUCGGCGGCCGCCGUCUGGUGUCCCCCGCCCGAGCACAAGCCCGCGUCGUCGCUUGGCCAGUAAAGGGGCCUUUAUUUCAAAACUAUAGUCACGUGCACCUGAUGUAUAUCUUUAAGUAGGCAAUUUGUUUUUUACGUUUACUUUUUAUCGAAACGACUGAGCUAAGCCGAGGACAACGAUGGACCUGCUGCUGAAAAUGCUGUGUUUGUGUAUUACUGAAGAAAAAGCUUUCUACCUUCCUGAAGGAUGCUAGUAUUUGUAUGAAUGUUUUUUAGUUUGUUACUUCUUUGUUGUUUAUUUUUAUUCUAUUUUAUUUUCGGGCAUUUGCCGAGUGUAGCCUCGUGACCAGAACUAUUCACCACCCAACCACCGAAACAAUCUGCGUCUAAAUGUGAAAAAAAUAUUACUAAUAUUGUGUAAAGUUACAAACAGAACGAAAACCAAGGUAUAAAAGAGUGUGCAAAAAGAGUAAAAGUAUUCUGCAUGCACUAGCUAAGUGUGCUCUAAUCUUAAUAUAUAUUAUUGUAUUGUAUUUAUACAGAAGAAAUAGAAGCUACCAAAUGUGUAACAUUUAAAUGCA